AUGAACACUUUCUUAUCUGAACACUCCGGCCAAGACUCACCUGCGUCGUUCAACCAAGGGAUGUACGACUGGCACUCGGAGCAUCUUCCUGCAUCGCAAGCUCCAUACAGUGGUGUCGGCAUGCAGCCCGGAUACUCCGAGCACGAGUUUACUAUGGCCUCUGGCCCUCAGUUCCAGUACAAUCCUUCCAUGCCCCUGCAACAGCGGCCAUCGUUUGGCGUCCUUCCACCAGCCAAUGACGUCGACUACCGUGGCUCGUCUCCUCAUUCGGCCCCGCCAUCAGGCGGCAAUUCACCCUGGAGCACCGGCUCGGUCCCCGCGCAAGAAGUCAUGUAUCACCCUGAUAUCGAGAUUUCCAAGUUCAACCGUGGUUCCCGUGGCUCUAUGAACUCACUAUCCCUCACAUCUAUGCGUACGUCCCACGCGCUCUCUAAUGGACACGCAUAUACAUCAAAGAUGGGCAUGCGGCCUCAUGCUCUAUCUGUGUCGAACAUGGGCCCCAACGAGGAGCAGCCCUGGAACCUCAUCCCCUGUUCUAUGCCUUUUGCCCAGGAUGGUGUCGGAUCUACUGGCAUCCCCGGCGUCGCUGGAACCAGUUUCUUCCUCAGGAGUCCCACACCUACCAAGCGACAGCGCACUAACCAAGCCUGCGAAAAGUGCCGUGAACGUAAGGCCAAGUGUAAUGGCGCCCGUCCAACCUGCCAACGUUGUGCAGCCCGUGGUCACAUCUGUGAAUACGCCAAGGAGCGCCGAAUGAGGGGGCCGAACAAGACAGGGCGUAGGGGCUCCCAAGCUGAUAUCGAGGACCCCAUUGACUCUCCCGGACGGCCGGCCACUUCACUCGACCUCGACGUGUCUGAAACAACGGGUCAUCGGGAUGAAUCUCCCGCCAGUUCCCGGCCCGGUAGUCGUCGAUCAUCGUCCGAGGUCGCUCAGGGUGAACCAGGUUCACUAUCCGCCUCCAAGUCCACUAGCGGUUCACCCGAGCCUCAGCUCCGGUCAGGAGCUUCGGCCCCUAUUAGUCUGCCGAUUUUGAGCAAUGGGAACCUCAGUCUGGCUCAGUAUCGCACCGACUCGUCGGCUGCGCGUCAUCCCGUGACGCCCAGCGCAUACCUUCUGAAUCAGUCAUUAGGUGUAUGGAACCACACCGGAGAGACCCAGACAGCGACUGGGUUAGGCAUUUCUGAGCACCGUACGCGCGAGGACGCUGUGUCUUCAGACUUUCCAUCUGGGGACAUACAAACGCUUCACUAUUCCGUCAGCGACGUUUCUUCGUCAUCUACACCGAUUACCCCGGAUCGAUUCGACUAUGCCUGGCCUUCUGACAACCAUUCACCCCAACAAAAUACCUUUGCAUAUGUACACAAUGACAAGUCAAUGCUUCCUAUUCCCGAGUUUGACGGCGAGUCAAAUUCCUUGGGCGAGCUUCCGGUCGUCAAACUGCAUUCCUUCCUGCACAAACUCACCCAUCCCCGUUCGAGAUCGCGGGAACGAAAGAAGUCAGAGGAUAAAGAGAGCUCGGCCCACGGUAACGAGCGUCCUAGUUCUCCUCAUCAGCAUCAACACCCUCAGCCCUACUCGGAAACGCCCAAGGCACAGUCCUCAGCCCACCCUAUUGGACACAUGUCGACUCUUGGAGUCGCAACGCCUUCCCUUCAACGUUCGCGUAGCCCGUCUCCUCUUCAUCUAAAGGCAAGGCAUUCGCACAAAGGUCUGCCUCAAACCGUGAAUCCGGAUGAGGAAACCGUGCCGGGAAUCCAGCAUCCCGGUAGUACUGGGGUCAUCUAUUGUACCGACCGUGCCAUGGCCAAUGGGUUUAGCUAUGGUGACCCUGCGUGGGCAAACUUGGAUAUCCCUGAUGCACCUCCGCGGCCGCAGACGGUGAAUUUGCCCCACGAUUCGCUCGAGUAUGCACCUACCACUGGCGUCAAAGAGCUCCGCAAGGCAGUCGCUGAUUUGUAUAAUCACACCUAUCGGCAGGGAAAGAAGAGCCAAUACACAUAUGAAAACGUGUGCAUCGUUCCUGGCGGACGCGCCGGGCUUUCGCGAGUGGCUGCGGUCAUUGGUGAUGUUUAUUGCGGCUACCAGGUGCCCGAGUAUACGACUUAUAGUGAAGUCUUGAGUGUUUUCAAACGCCUUGUACCGAUUCCCACGGCUUUAACGCCUGAGUCGCGUUACAAGAUUGACAUCAACCAAGCCAAGAAAGACAUAGGGUCUCAAGGCCUGCAAGUCAUUGUCGCCUCCAACCCCAGGAACCCCACUGCUAUGGUUGUUCGUGGAGAAGAGCUUCGGGACCUCGUACGACUUUGCGAGAACCAUUGCACUGUCGUUCUGGACGAAUUCUACUCGUGGUACAUUUACUCCGAUGACGAAAAAGAGGCUGGCGUCUCAGUAUCAGCAGCUGCAUAUGUCGAAGAUGUUGACGAUGAUGCUGUUGUAAUCAUUGACGGGUUGACCAAAAACUGGCGCCUCCCUGGCUGGCGUGUAUGCUGGGUUGUCGGGCCCAGGAACCUAAUUUCCGCCCUAUCCCAGUCUGGCUCUUUCCUCGAUGGCGGCGCCAACCACCCGCUUCAGCUGGCAGCGGUUCCUCUUCUCGAUCCCGAAUACGUGAAGCAGUCAAAGCUCGCGCUGCAGAAGCACUUCCGGGCCAAGCGUGACCAUGUUCUCAAGCGUCUCGAGAAGAUCGGAUUACCAGUUGCAAUCACUCCCGAAUCGACGUUUUACAUUUGGUUGGACCUUCGGGCGCUCCCGGCACCUCUUAACGACGGUCUCACAUUCUUCGAAGAGUUGUUGAAAGAGAAGACGAUCGUCGUUCCAGGCAUCUUCUUUGAAAUUAAUCCAGCCCACCGCAGAGAUCUCUUCUCCUCUCCAUGCCACCACUUUGUUCGGAUUUCUUAUGGGCCGCCACUUGCGGACCUUGACAAGGGUUUGGACGCAAUCGAGAGGGUCUUCCGCAGGGCUAAGCGCGAGGGUUUGGAUAACAUUGGAAGCUUCGUCAUAGGUGGACUUGUCAAGAGCCCGACCGAAGGCCAUUUCCCAGGGGUUGCACACUAG